CCACCAAAAAGAUAUUCUUAUCAGAAACCGCAUAAGGAAAAAGAAAAAGAAAAAAAAAACUAAAAACCCUAAGGCACUAUUCUCCUUCUCUUGAAGCGCUUCUCUCUCGAUACCUAUAGAGAGAAUCUAAGCUUCUGAAAAUCAUGGCGAACAUUGACAUUGAUUCCCGUGCGGCUCAGUUAGGUAUAGAUUGGUCUCAGGUUAAUCUCGAUUCCAUCCAUCUCCCUCCUGGAGAAGACUUUGGGAUCCAAAGUGAUGAUGAAGGUGUUUACCACGACGACCAGCUAGAGUUCGACACUGGGUUCGGUAAUAUCAUCGUGGUUGAUAACCUCCCUGUUGUCCCGAAGGCAAAGUUUGAGAAACUUGAAAAUGUCCUGAAGAAGAUUUACAACCAGUUGGGUGUUAUCAAGGAGAAUGGACUCUGGAUGCCUGUUGAUCCGGACACCGGUGUGACGCUGGGAUACUGUUUUAUUGAGUUUAAUACCCCUCAGGUUACUUAUCUAACCUUUUAUGUUAGCUUACGUCACAUGUAUGUUGUUGAUAUAUGGGUUGGUUUGCAGGAAGCUCAAAACGCUAAGGAGAAGACUCAUGGCUACAAGUUGGACAAGUCUCACAUCUUUGCUGUGAACAUGUUCGAUGAUUUUGACAGGUUGAUGAAUGUGAAGGAGGAGUGGGAGGCUCCUCAGACCAAGCCGUAUGUCCCUGGGGAAAACUUGCAAAAGUGGCUUACUGAUGAAAAAGCGAGGGAUCAGCUUGUCAUUCGUUCUGGCCCUGAUACUGAAGUUUUAUGGAAUGAUCCUAGGCAGAAGAAUACUGAACCUGUUCAUAAGCGUCCUUAUUGGACAGAGAGCUAUGUGCAGUGGUCUCCUCUAGGUACGUACCUUGUGACACUUCACAAGCAAGGUGCAGCUGUUUGGGGUGGUGCUGAUACCUUCACUCGUCUCAUGCGCUAUCAGCAUAACAUGGUAAAACUAGUUGAUUUCUCGCCAGGUGAGAAAUACCUCGUAACUUACCACAGCCAGGAACCAAGUAACCCGCGAGAUGCAAGUAAAGUAGAGAUAAAGGUGUUUGAUGUGAGAACCGGGAGGAUGAUGAGAGACUUCAAGGGUAGUGCUGAUGAGUUUUCAAUUGGAGGACCUGGUGGUGUUGCUGGUGCCUCUUGGCCUGUUUUCAGAUGGGGUGGUGGAAAAGAGGAUAAAUACUUUGCCAAGCUCAGCAAAAACACUAUCUCUGUCUAUGAGACUGAGACAUUCGGCCUAAUAGACAAGAAGUCCAUGAAGGUUGAUAAUGUGGUGGACAUCUGUUGGUCUCCAACUGACUCCAUCCUCUCACUGUUCGUUCCUGAACAAGGCGGUGGGAACCAGCCUGCCAAGGUCGCUCUUGUCCAAAUCCCUAGCAAGGUGGAGCUGAGGCAGAAGAAUCUCUUCAGCGUGAGCGACUGCAAGAUGUACUGGCAGAGCAGCGGAGAGUAUCUCGCCGUCAAGGUUGAUCGAUACACAAAGACAAAGAAGAGCACAUACUCUGGGUUCGAGCUUUUCCGCAUCAAAGAGAGGGAUAUUCCCAUCGAAGUCCUUGAGCUGGACAACAAGAACGACAAGAUCAUCGCCUUCGCGUGGGAGCCUAAGGGUCACAGGUUUGCUGUGAUACACGGUGACCAACCGAGACCAGACGUCAGUUUCUACACGAUGAAGACCGCACAGCACGGUGGGAGGGUUACAAAGCUCGGUACUUUGAAGGCCAAACAAGCCAAUGCACUCUUCUGGUCUCCCUCAGGGAAGUACAUCAUUCUUGCUGGGUUAAAGAAUUUCAAUGGGCAGCUUGAAUUUUUCAAUGUGGAUGAGAUGGAGACUAUGGCCACAACUGAACACUUCAUGGCCACAGACAUCGAAUGGGACCCAACUGGAAGGUACGUUGCAACCGCAGUGACAUCAGUCCAUGAGAUGGAGAAUGGGUUCACGGUCUGGUCAUUCAAUGGAAAAUUGCUUUACCGUGUACUGAAGGAUCAUUUCUUCCAGCUAGCAUGGCGGCCAAGACCGGCAUCAUUCUUGUCUCCAGAGAAGGAAGAAGAGAUAGCAAAAAACCUGAAGAAGUACAGCAAGAAGUACGAGGCAGAGGAUCAGGACGUGUCGCUGCUGUUGAGUGAACAAGACAGGGAGAAGAGGAAGGCGUUGAAGGAGGAAUGGGAGAAGUGGGUGAUGCAGUGGAAGUCGCUGCACGAAGAGGAGAAACUAGAGAGGCAAAACCUUAGGGAUGGUGAGAUAAGUGAUGAGGAAGAAGAUGAUGAGGAAGCCAAAGAAGUUAAAGAAGUUGAGUUUGAGGAUGUUAUCGAUGUCACUGAAGAAAUUGUCCAAGAAUGAAUGCAACGCUUCUCACUUCUCUUUUCUUUUUAGUGUCUAGACAUAAAAUGUUUCCUUUUUUUCUUCUCCUUGAAUUUUUUAAGUGAAUUUUCAAUUUUGGUUCCUUGGAUAUUAAUUGCACUCUGUUUAUUGUUAAACAUUCCCUUUUUCGUUA